AUGCAGGCGUUGGCGGCGUCCGUGGCGGCCUUGGCGGGCUGCAGAGAUGAAGACGUGGCCGCCCCUCAGGCGGCUGGAGCGGCAGCACUCGGAGGGGAGCACACGGCGGCGGCGCUGCGGCAGCGGGCGGGACCGCCCUGGACGCUCCCCGGCGCGCACCGGCAGGAGGCGGCGCACCGUGAGCAAACAAAUACAGCUGAGAGUCCAUCUGAAAAACUGAAACUGGAUGAUACACAACAAGAAGUUACUUCAAAACAUGAGCAUUCUUCCGAUUUACAAGAACCAUCAGUUAAAAUUCAGUCUCCUAAAUUAAGUGGCAAAUCUAGGGCAGAUUCUGCUUCCAGGGAUGACAGAAAGCAAGAAACAAGUGUGUCGUUUAAUUACAGGAAACAUCUCUUCUCUGAGAGUAGUCAAGAUUCAAGUACCAGUACCAGUGAACUAUCUUGGACCAGUAACCAAAAGAAGAAAUCCCUAAAAUCAUACUCUAGUAGAAAAAAGAUAAGAACCAGGAGUAGUAUAAGAAUCUUGCCACUUUUCCCUCUCAAUAGUGGCAGUGACCAUGACCACAAGAAAGACCCAGCUAAACUUCUAAGACCAUUACGGAAAGACGUGUCCAGGCAAAAUGACACCAUGCCUCCGCAAAUUUCUGAAACAAAAUUCCCAAGUAGUUCUGCCUUUUUAACUCUUGAAGAUUCUGCGAAAAAAACAGGGCUUCGAGGUCCUCACCCACUAAGCAAGUUCUCUUCCUCAGAGCACUCAGAAGAUGAAGAAAAUGUAUAUAAGGCACUACUUAAUUGUUGAUUGUGAACCAAGAGUCAUUACUGGACAGUACUAGCUUCAAACAUACGCUGCAAAACUUGCAAGAUAGAGGCAUCUUCACUCCAUCCUGAGAAGUUGUGCCAGAGAGCUUGAAUGAGUCUGCCCUUCUCACAACCUUUGAAAACUUCACUAGAGAACUGAGAAGAAAAUACAAGGUUAGGUACAGAAGGAGUCCACUUUAUUCAAAAGAUGCAAAGAAAGCACCGAAUUGCAUAAUGAAACUUUUAAACCAGAUAUACCUGUGCAGACUCAAUAAGCUAGAGAAGUUUCAGAAUUUUGUUCUUCAAGGGUUGAGCAAUCUUGAGAAGGAUAUUCAGCCCCUGGAACACCUUGAAAAGGACGCUCUGGAGUUCGAGGGGAAACAGUCUGCUGAUCUGAAAUUGUUCUGUGAUCUGCAAGUGCUGAGGUGUUCCUCUGCACCCUGACCGUCUGUCCUCUGAGGAUCCGUUUCGUCUUCAGGCGGCUGUGUCCAGAAAAAAACUUAUAAUCUGGGUUGCAGACUUCCAGAUGGAGGUUUGAAAUCUACCUAUAGUAGAUCUCCAUUUGCAGGCAUCUAAAGUUGAGAACAUCCUGAGGGAAGAUCCAUCAUGGUUGGACAGCAGAGAUUGGUACCGCAGGACUGCUCUACAUUUGGCCUGUGCC